GGCGGGUCCCCCGCGUAGGUACGGACGCACUUCCGGUGCCACCUGUCUGACAGCCCGACGCCUGGGCAUUGUGGGUGCCGUCUGUGUAUCCAUGUGUGAAUUUUCAUAACACCCCCAGCGGCGUCUGACGCAUACUUGUCAACACACCUCCGCUCCCAGCCCCCACGACACGACGCAAGGACAAGUUUUUCGAGGCAAUCCCAAGAUGCGGAAGCUGAUAACCGUGUUCGGCGCCAGCGGCAACCAGGGCGGCGGGGUGGUUCGUGCGCUGGUGGACGACCCGGGCUUCGAGCUGAGAGCUGUGUCGCGGGACCCGAACUCUGACAAGGCUGCCUGGCUGCGCAAACUUGGCGUCGAUGUCGUCCAGGCGGACUAUAAUGACCCCGAGAGUCUGGAGCGCGCGCUGAACGGCGCGUACGGCUGCUUCGUGGUCACCGACACCGAGUGGGACAGCGACGACCCUCUUCAACAAGAGCUGAUCCAUGGACAGAACGUCGCGGACGCGUGCAAGAAGCAGGGGGUACAACACGUGGUGUUCAGCGAGCUGCUGCACGUGAAGAAGGCGAUCGGGAUCUCCGCCAGACACUGUGACGCCAAGGGGCAUAUAUCGGACUACAUGAAGCAGAUCGGACUCAACAAGACCGGCAUCAUCAUCCCGUUCUACUUCGAGAACCUCCUGACAACAAUGAUCCCCAGGAAAACUGGCGAUAACACAUUUGCAUUAGGAAUUCCGUUCGGAGACAAACCUAUGCCGGGAAUAAGUGCGGAAGACAUCGGGCUUGUUGUGGGCUCGUUCUUCCGCGACUCUGCGGCCUGGGGCGGGAAGAGUCUGGGCGUGGCGGGGGACAUCAUGCUAGUCAAGGACUACGCCAAGGUCCUCUCCAACAACCUGGGACCGAAGAAGUUUUUCGACGGCCAGGUGACGGUACAACAGGUCCGGGACCUACAGCCCUACUGGCCGGCUGCGGUGGACCUCGCCAACAUGUACGAGUUCAUGAUGCGGGCCAGCCUGCCGUACAGCAAGGACCGCACGCUGAAGCUGUGCCCCGCCGUCCGGAGCUUCGACCAGUGGGUGGCGGACAACAGGGAUAAGUUAGACGCCGCUUUUAAUUAGCCCUUACAUCUUCAUAAGCUACCAUUCAACAUCAAUAGUUGACUUAGCUCUACGUCACAUUUCCAACCCAGGGCCCGGCCGGGCAGCUAUUGGGAACGAAAAAUAUUAUAUAAGCGACACCAAACUACACAAGACGUAAAAAGAGAAAAGUCGUGGGCAUUAUUUGUGUAAACUUUUACGUCUACAUUUCUUACAUUUCAUUCCGUCUUUAUAAAUGAGUUUCCAAAGUUUUCCAAAGGUUAACCUCAUAUAUAUGAACUCUACUUGCAUAUUUAAAGAAUAUCUAAUUUGGUCUAAAAUUGAUAUCAACAGCCGGUUUGCCAUUUAAGUCUAUCUUGUUUAUCUGUUUCUAUCUGUUGUCCGUUUGUUUGUUUGUUUGUUUCUUUGUUUAUCGUUAUGAACGCGUCUGUGUAAAGAUCUCAGAUUAGAGAAAAAAACACGUAAGUGUUGAAAGGCUAUAAUGUAUUUUAUUACCUGGGAUAGGGUGAUAUGCUUGAGACUUUCUCAACUUGAGAUUCAGAGUCGUAUAUUUAUAAUAUAUCCAUUUAACAAGGUAUAUGGGAACAAAAUCUGAACUCCUAAGUCCGGAUGGAUGGGUGAUCAUGACAAUAAAAUGUGUAACAGAUA